GAGGGGGACGAGGAUGAUGAGGAAAUCGACUUGAAGACCAUGUUCAAAGUCGGCCAGUAUGUCCGCGCACACGUAUUGUCGACUGCAGAAGAAUCGGGCUCCGGCAAGGCGAAACGCAGGAUCGAACUUUCGCUCCGACCUGCCGACGCCAACAGUGGAAUCACCGGCGAUGAUGUCGUUGCAUACACUACGCUCAUGGCCUCCAUCGCCAGUGUGCAGGACCACGGUUACGAGAUGAAUCUGGGCAUUGAAGGAGAUCUAAAGGGCUUCCUUGCCAAGAAGGAAGUCGGUCCGGACAUGGACGAGGCCAGCCUGCGGCCGGGUGCCGUCUGCCUCUGUGUGGUGAAGAGCGUGACUGGCAUUGUCGUCCAGUUGUCGACUGAUCCCCUCAAGCUGGGCAACACAUCGCUUGUGGCUUCGACCGCCCCCACGAUCAACUCUUUCUUGCCUGGAUCUCUGGCCGAUGUUCUGCUUACCGAAGUCACCUCAAGAGGUCUGCAGGGCAAGCUCCUUGGUCAUCUGCCUGUCACCGCCGACCUGAUCCACUCCGGCGUCGGUCCUGACGGGGUUGACCUCGAGGCCAAGUACACCGUGGGCAGCAGAGUCAAGGCGAGAAUCAUCUGCAACUUUCCGGCCGCGAGAGAGCCCAAGCUGGGCAUCUCUCUGCUGCCCCAUAUCGUCAGCCUGCAGCCAAAGUCAUCGGGCAAGGGCAGCAGAGCCAAGUCCCCUCUUGACCUGCUCCCUAUUGCCUCCUUUGUCGAGAAGUGCACGGUCCGUAAAGUUGAGCCCGAGAUUGGUCUCUACGUCGACGCUGGCGUUCCCGGUAUCUCUGGUUUCGUGCACAUUUCUCGUGUCAAGGAUGGCAAGGUUGAUGCGCUCUACGAAACCAGCGGUCCCUACAAGGUCGGCUCUGAGCAUCGCGGCAGGGUUGUUGGCUAUAGCUCGCUGGAUGGCAUGUUCCUGCUCUCCUUCCAGCAGCAGGUGCUUGACCAGCCCUUCAUCCGCCUCGAGGACGUCCCCGUUGGAGAAGUUGUUUCGGGCAAGGUCGAGAAGGUUAUUGUCGGCGAGAACGGCGUUAGCGGACUCAUUGUCAAGCUGGCCGAGGGCAUCAGUGGCUACGUCCACGAUUCCCAUCUUGCCGACGUGAAGCUUCAGCACCCAGAAAAGAAGUUCAGAGAGGGAAUCACCGUCAAGGCGAGAGUCCUCUCAGUACGCCCUCGUAAGCGCCAGCUCCGCCUGACGCUAAAGAAGACCCUCGUCAACUCCGAUGCUCCAAUCGUCAAGAACUACGACGAGGUCGAGGUUGACAUGCAAACGCCUGGAACCAUCACGAGUUUGACUGCGGCUGGUGCCCAGCUCGAAUUCUUCGGAGGAGUACGAGGCUUCCUCCCCGUGUCUCAGAUGAGUGAGGCCUACAUCAAGGAUCCCAGAGAGCACUUCCGCAUUGGCCAGGUAGUCAGUGUCCACGUGCUUGAUGUGAAUCCCGAGGAGCACAAGAUGGUCGUUUCUUGCAAGGACCCUUCGGCCUUUGGUUUGGAUAAGCAGGCUGCGCUCAAGGCGCUGAAGGUCGGCGAUAUUGUCUCUGCCAAAGUCAGCCAGAAGACGGAAGAUGAAGUCUUCGUUGACCUCGAGGAGAGCGGCCUCAAGGCCAUCAUCCGCACAGGCCAUCUGUCAGACAAGUCUGCCAGCAAGACUCUGGCCGCCUGGAAGCGCAUCAACGUUGGAAACACUCUGUCCGAGCUCGUGGUACUUGACAAGAACGAACGCCGUCGUGCCGUCAUUCUCUCUCAGAAGCCUAGCUUCGUCGAGGCCGGCAAGAACGGUAAGCUUCUCUCCAAUGCCGAGGAUGCUACCGUCGGCACUGUUGCCCCGGCUUACGUCCGUGAGAUCGGUCCUUACGCCGUCUACGUCCAGUUCGGUGGCAACCUCACUGCUAUUUUGCCCAAGACCAAGUUGCCCAAGGAUGCGCAGGAGAAGGAGGCGUUCGGCAUGCGCAAGCACCAGAGCAUCGAAGUCAAGAUCGUGUCUUCUAACCCGGAGCAAAACCGCAUCAUCGUUACCCCUGCGUCUGCCGAUGAGCCCGAGCCAGUUGUGGCCGAGUCCGCGGUGAACUCGGUGGACGAUAGCAUCAAAACCAUCAACGAUGUUGCUCUUGGCACGAUACUAAACGCCAAGGUCACCUCCGUUAAGAACACACAGCUGAAUGUCAAGGUUGCCGACAACAUCCAGGGCCGUAUCGACGUUUCGCAGUUCUAUGACAAGUGGGACGACAUCACGAACCGCAAGAACCCUCUGCAGAAGGUGAAGGCAAACGAGAUCAUCCGCGUCCGCGCCAUCGGCAUUCACGAUUCCAAAAACUACCGCUUCCUGCCAUUCACUCAUCGCUCCUCCCACUCUCUGAUUGAGUUCACCGCCAAGAAGAGCGACCUCGAGGCCAAGGAAGUCGAGUUGCUUUCGUAUGACAAGAUUGAGGUUGGCUCAUCCCACAUCGCAUUCGUCAACAACCACGGCAAGAACUGCUUGUGGGUCAACCUGUCCCCUUCUGUCCGUGGCAGAAUCAGCGUCAUGGACGUUUCGGACGACUUGUCCCUCGCUGGAAACCUCGAGAAGCACUUCCCCGUUGGAUAUGCUCUCAAGGUCCGCGUCUUGUCUGUUGAUGCCGAAAAGGGACACCUGGACCUCUCUUCUCGUUCUUCUACAGGCUCCACCGAGGUUACCUGGGAUUCGCUGAAGAAGAACGUAGCCCUUCCCGGCAGGGUCACCAAGGUGACUGAUCGUUCAGUCAUGAUCAAACUCAGCGACUCUGUCUCAGGUCCUGUGCACCUGGUCGAUCUCAGCGACAAUUACGAUGAAGCAAACACUCUCAAGUACAACAAGGGCGAGAUUGUCCGAGUCUCGGUGGUCGAGGUGGACAAGAGCAAUAAGAGGCUCAGACUCUCUACCCGCCCGUCUCGGAUUCUCAGCUCCACCUCGCCUGUUGUCGACCGCGAGAUCACCAAGCUCUCUCAGGUCUCUUCUGGUGACAUUAUCAGGGGCUUCGUCAAGAACGUCACCGACAAGGGCGUCUUCGUGCAGCUCGGAGGUACCGUCUCCGCUCUGGUAAAGAUCGGCAACCUCUCGGACCGCUACAUCAAGGAUUGGAAGGGCAACUUCCAGGUCGAUCAACUGGUCAAGGGCCGUGUCAUCAACGUCGACGCCGCGAUCAGCCAGGUCGAGCUUAGCCUCAAGGCUUCCGUUGUCGAAAAGGAUUAUACGCCCCCCGUGACUUAUAAGGAUAUGAAGGAGGGUCAGAUCGUCACCGGCAAGGUCCGCAAGGUUGAGGAGUUUGGCGCCUUCAUUGUCGUCGAUAACUCACAUAACGUUAGUGGUCUGUGCCAUCGCAGUGAGAUGGCCGAGAAGCCUGUGGAGGACGCUCGCAGGCUUUACAGUGAGGGCGACGUGGUGAAGGCCAAGGUCCUUUCUGUGGACGACGAGAAGAGACGUAUCACAUUCAGCCUCAGGCCUAGCCACUUCGACGAGGACAGCGAUAUGGAGGACGUCGAUGGAGGUGCUGAAAUCGACAGCGACGAAGACUCUGAUGUUGAGAUGGGAGACGGCGGCGUCCAGCUCACGAUCAGCGGAACAGACAACCUUGACGACUCGGACGAGGAAGACGACGAGGAAGACGACGAGGAAGACGCCGAGGAAGAGGAGGACGAAGACGACAGCGACGCUGAGAUGGACGAUGCCGACACAGCUGCUGGCAAAGGUCUGAGUGGCGGCAAGUACGACUGGACAGGCGACGCAUUCGAUGAAUCAGACAAUGAGUCAACAGGCAAGUCAAAGACGUCGAGGGCGACCGAGAAGAAGGAAAAGAAGAAGAGCGGAAUCCAGGUCGAUCGCACCGCCGACCUCGACGCUCACGGGCCCCAGACGGCUACCGACUACGAGCGUCUCCUGUUGGGAGAGCCCGACUCGUCUCAACUAUGGAUUGAGUACAUGGCCCUGCAGAUGAAGGUCAGCGAGCUGGCCAAGGCACGUGAAGUCGCGGAGCGCGCCAUCAAGACCAUCAACAUCCGCGAGCAGACCGAGAAGCUCAACGUCUGGAUUGCAUACCUCAACUUGGAGGUCGCUUACGGCACCAAGGCGUCGACUGAGGAGGUUUUCAAGCGUGCUUGCCAGUACAACGACGAACAAGAAGUUCACGAGCGCCUGGCUAGCAUCUACAUCCAGUGCGGAAAGCUCAAGGUAAGCAGUCCCAUGACCAUUUGCCGACCAGAAUGCCGACUGACACUCUCAACAGCAAGCGGAUGAUGUCUUCCAG